AUGGGGACUGAGCUUAUGAGAAUAUGUGUUAAAGAAGACAAUGAUGAUUUUCCAUCAGUUCCACCAGGUUUUGAGUCAUAUACAUCUUUCUCUCUGAAAAGGGUAGAAAACAAUGAAAAACAAGAUGAUAAAAACAUGACCAGUUGUUCAACCUCUACAAGUGUUUCUGAAUCACCAUCAACUCAGGUGGAAAAUGAUGUUCAAGUUCAUGAAACUGCAAAGGUUCCUAGAUCCCUAAGACGAAGACCAUGGAUUAAUUAUGGGCAAUAUGAGAACCAUUCAGAUGAAGACUCUGACUGCGAGCGGCUUGAUCAAAAUUUCUCCUCAAGAACUUAUCUUCCUCGUGGAGUCAUCCGGGGAUGUCCAGAUUGCAGUAAUUGCCAAAAGGUUGUUGCCAGAUGGCGACCAGAAGAAGCUCGGAGGCCAAAUAUUGAGGAUGCUCCUGUUUUCUACCCUACUGAAGAGGAGUUUCAAGAUACUUUAAAAUAUAUAUCAAGCAUUCGCUCCAGGGCCGAGCCAUAUGGAAUUUGCCGCAUUGUUCCACCGUCUUCUUGGAAGCCCCCUUGUCCUCUCAAAGAAAAAAGUACAUGGGAGGGUUCUAAAUUUUCUACACGUGUACAGAGGAUUGACAAACUUCAGAAUCGUGAUUCAAUGAGAAAGAUGUCAAGAGUCCAAAGUAAUAUGAAGAGAAAAAGGAGAAGAUGCACAAGAAUGGGGGUGGAUAAUGGCACUAGAAGAGGACCUAAUGCAGGAUUCUGUGAAGUUGAAAGGUUUGGGUUUGAACCUGGUCCAGAAUUUACCUUGGAAACAUUUCAGAGAUAUGCAGAGGAUUUUCAGCUCAAAUACUUCAGAAGAAAUGAGAACUUUUCACAUUUGGGUGCUAAUACAGCAAUUUUAAAUGGUACCUCCGAGCUUUCUGUGGAGAACAUCGAAGGCGAAUAUUGGCGGAUGGUUGAGACUCCUACUGAAGAAAUUGAGGUACUUUAUGGAGCUGAUCUGGAAACUGGGAUUUUUGGGAGUGGUUUCCCUAGCAAAUCUAGUCAAGUAGGUUCUGCCUCACAAGAAAAGUACAUAAAAUCUGGCUGGAAUUUAAAUAACUUUGCUAGGCUUCCUGGAUCUCUGCUCUCUUAUGAAAGCAGUGAUAUAUCUGGUGUUCUAGUGCCAUGGUUGUACAUCGGAAUGUGCUUUUCCUCUUUUUGUUGGCAUGUGGAAGACCACCAUUUAUACUCAUUGAAUUACAUGCAUUGGGGAGCUCCAAAAAUGUGGUAUGGAGUCCCUGGAAAAGAUGCCUGCAAAUUGGAAGAGGCCAUGAGAGAGCAUUUACCUGAACUUUUUGAAGAACAGCCUGACUUGCUUCAUAAGCUGGUCACUCAGCUUUCUCCUUCUAUCCUUAAGUCUAAAGGAGUACCAGUUUAUAGGUGUGUCCAAAACCCUGGGGACUUUGUUCUGACAUUUCCUCGAGCCUACCACUCUGGGUUCAAUUGUGGCUUCAACUGUGCUGAGGCUGUUAAUGUAGCUCCUGUUGACUGGCUGCCCCAUGGGCAUAUUGCUAUAGAGUUGUACCAGGAGCAGGGGCGCAAGACUUCUAUAUCACAUGAUAAGCUGUUGCUGGGGGCUGCAAGGGAAGCAGUACGAGCCCAAUGGGAGCUUCAUUUGCUGAAGAAGAAUACUUUGGAUAAUCUACGAUGGAAGGAUGUCUGUGGAAGGGAUGGCCUUUUGGCAAAAGCACUUAAGAUGCGUGUUGAGAUGGAGCGAGCAAGAAGGGAAUUUCUCUGCAGUUCUUCACAGGCGUUAAAAAUGGAGAGUACUUUUGAUGCUACUAAUGAAAGGGAAUGCAACGUAUGCUUUUUUGAUUUACACCUAUCUGCAGCUGGCUGUCGCUGUGCCCCGGAUUUAUAUGCUUGCUUAGAUCAUGCAAAGCAACUUUGUUCAUGCUCUUGGGAUUCCAGAUUUUUCCUCUUUCGGUAUGAUGUUAAUGAACUAAAUAUUCUAGUGGAGGCAUUGGAAGGAAAAUUAAGCGCAAUAUACAGAUGGGCAAAAUCGGAUCUUGGGCUGGCGCUAUCAUCUUAUGACUCAGCAGACAAGGAAACAAUACUUAAAGAAUUGAAAUCACAUUCAUCCACUUUGUCUCAUUCUUCCAGGGCCAUUGUGCAUAAAGAGGUGGUUCUGCAUCCACCAGAUAAAUAUAUUGAUGAUUCUCAAUUGAUUGAUGUCCCAAUAGAGAAUCAAGCAAAUAGCAAAGAUCAGAGCUAUUUUCAACAGAGAAAAUCAGCCGAAGCUAAUUCUUCUUUGAGUUCAAUGAAGGAAUUGCUAACAUUUAAAAGCUCAAAACCUACAUCUGAGAUGGCUAACCAUAAGAUCUGUGUUAAAGAAGAAUCUGUUAUUUGCAGAUCAAAGAUGAAAACGCCUGGUUGUCAACUAUCUCAAGAGGAUACAUCGAAUGCUUUAUCUACUCCAGCUCAACAAGGAGGUGAGAAAAGUUCACUUUACAGACAUAAUACCAAUAUUAUACUUCUUAGUGACGAUGAAGAUGAUGAAAAGAUGUCUGAUUCAAAUAGAAGGAAGGAACUUUCUUCUAUGCUUGUAGGUCCUAGAGAUAAGGCAAGCCCAUGUAACAAUAUAGAAAAUACAAACCUGACCAUUUCUGUGACAGAGACUGCUGUGAUGGGUGAAAAGGGUGCUAUUACAUUACCCUGUGAAAAUAUGAGUUCUGAUUCAACUCAGCUUUUGCAUGUGAAACAAGAAUGUCAUGAACACACAGGAUUAGUUCUAGCCUCUACCCCACUAGAUCUUUCUUGUCAUAUAGGUCUUACAAGUACGGAGUCUACGAAAAAUAUUCCAUCUCCUUCAAAAGUAGAGGCCAGUGAUCAUUGUUUGGAAAUUUUGGAGAUUUCUCCUCUGAACCCACAACUUUCUAGCACUAAGGUUAAGACAGAAGAUAAUCACGAAAAGUUGGGAGGAUGUGCCUCUUCUAAUGUAGCAGACAAUACAAGAGCUGUUAAUGGGAACUUUUCUUGUGGUCCAAACAAUUUCCGUCAGAAAGGUCCUCGAAUAGCAAAGGUUGUCCGGCGCAUCAACUGCAAUGUUGAACCAUUAGAAUUUGGAGUUGUGAUUUCUGGAAAGUCUUGGUGUAGUAGUCAGGCUAUAUUUCCAAAGGGAUUUAGAAGCCGUGUUAGAUACAUAAAUGUCUUAAAUCCAUCCAGUAUGUGUUACUAUAUUUCAGAAAUACUUGAUGCUGGACGUGGUUGGCCUUUAUUUAUGGUUUCCUUGGAAAAUUGUCCAAGUGAGGUCUUCAUUCAUAUGUCAGCUGCAAGAUGCUGGGAGCUGGUCAGAGAGAAAGUCAAUCAAGAAAUUGCAAAGCAACAUAAGUUGGGAAGAAAGGGCCUUCCUCCUUUACAGCCUCCUGGUAGCCUUGAUGGCUUUGAAAUGUUUGGGUUUUCUUCACCAGCAAUAGUGCAGGCUAUUGAGGCUCUGGAUCGAAGUCGAGUGUGUAAUGAAUAUUGGGACUCACGGCCCUACUCCCGUCCUCUAGGACAGUUUUCACAAUCAUGCCAAAGCAAUGUGAGUGGUGGAAAUGGUCAAGGAGUUCUCUUGAAUAAGCACAUUCCCGUUGAAGUUGUUGCAGUACUAAGGAGCCUAUGUAAAAAGGCUAAUGCAGAAGAAUUGAAGUCGUUGUACAGCAUUCUUAGUGACAAUAGGCCAGAGGCUGACAGGAACCAAAUUGCGCAACUUCUCAAAGAAGAGAUUCACAAAUCACAACCGCCCUAG